AUGCCAACCAGUCGUCGAUUUCAUAAUACCAUCAACAUUGAGCCCCUGAUAUCUAGUCUAUAUGCGCAAUGCUAUCUCAAAUUUGAGGAGCUUGUGCAAGCGGUGCCCAAGGACGCCACUCGAGCAGCAUCAUCUCAUUCAUCUCAUCCGUUCGCAAACGCGAAUGACGAAUUCAUCAAGUUCAAGCUCUGGGCAGGCAAUCUGGGCGCGGCACACUCGGGCCGCACUUAUGAGCUGUCGCUCGACUACCGUCUGAGGGAGGCGUCAUUCUAUAAGCAACAGGCGAGUCUCACUUUCUUAGUUCCAAUGGGCGCAUACAGCCAUCCCGAGCUCUUAGUGUUGAAACUUCUUCGCAUUUUGACAAGUCAUCUCGAACAGGCUUUAUCUUCGAUAAAACAGGAGCACUUGAUCACCUGCUACAGCGCGUCAAACUCCAUAUUAGACCCGGACAACGCCGAGGUUGCAGGUAAUGAAGAGGCUUCAGCUGAAGACGAUUCGCCUUGGGAGAUAUCUUCUAGUUCGAGUAGAGGAACUGAGGAUCUGUUUUCAGACAUCCAAAGCUCUGGGAAGGAAGGCGGUGAAGGCUGCAGGGGAACGAUCUCAUCCCCGUCUCGUGGAAAGGGCAGUGUCGCGGUCCAAGUGGGUGGUACAACAACUCCUGGUUCGGAGACCGACCGACUUUUCUCUUCGAUCAAAUUUACCAUCUCGUGUCUUUACAGGCUACCAAUACGAAAGCCAGCUCCACUUGAUCAAAUAAAGCACCGCACCUCACUGGAUACAUCCCCAUACCAACAUUUUGAUGCAUUAUACAUUAGGGACAAGUUUCCUCAGAUGGAUGCUGAAGUCGCCACACGCCUUGGAAAGAUGAUCACACGGCGUCGACAACUGCUGCGCUAUCGGCAGACGCACCACGAGAGUCUCCAGGGGUCACGCCGUGCAACACGAGUCGAUCUUUCUGAGGGCAAGAAAUUCCAAACCUGA